AUGAGAACGUUUUCCUGGGUGGAAUCCAUUUCGCCGCAUUACGUUACCAACCAUCCCUCGGCCAAUCGGGUCAACGGAGGCGUGGAGUCUCCGCCCCAUAACACUGUAAUUCACUUACAGAUCGUUCCUGCUCUCUGCAUGGGCACGCCCUCUCCUUCACUUAAAGCGCGUUCACUUCUUGCUGAAGAUGAAUUGGAACCGUAUGUGAGAAAGCAGAGAAGCGAUUCUGAACCACGACGACGAUUACUAGCACUUGAUGAGGAGGAGCAAAACAUUCUACGUACCUCCAUCAAUUCUCGUGAAAGAAAACGAAUGCACGAUUUGAACGAGGCGCUUGAAGAUUUGCGUAGUUGUCUACCGUAUGCCCAAGAUGCGUCAUCCCGGAAAAUGAGUAAAAUCAACACCUUACUGUUGGCUAGUAAUUGGAUUCGUCAACUAACUAUUCGCAAUCAUGAAUUACAGCGACAAUUGGCAGCGCUGAGAUCUUCUGAUGACAGAGCUGUUACAACUCCCGUCACUCAACCUACUGUAUACAGUGUUUCUCCUAGACCUCUGAAUUUCCCUCUGGGACCAGCACCAUGUGUAAAAGCGUUUGGUCAAGCAUGUUUCUGUAUUGCAUGCAUCACAAAUGUUCCAAAACAGUGA